UUUUUUAGUUACUUAUGGCAGAGUGCACUCUCCUUUGUUGUCACAUGACACGGCAUAAUGAAAAUGGCGUUCACGUCCUGCUCGGCUCUGCCCACAUUUAUCUGUUUGUGUUUUGUGGCUAGCUCUCUUGCUCAGAAGUUGAUCCUUACACAUGCACCAUCCUAUGUUACCGUUCAACAACAGCAAAGCAAGCCUCUUUCAGCUAGUGAGAUCCCUAGUGUUAUAAGUAACACAUUAGGCAUCUCUGGCUCACAGAAAACACCAUGGUCCGGUGUGCAGUCAGGUUCCCUGUUCAAACGUCCAAAGGCAAGUGUUCUUCUGACAGUGGUGACUACACAGACAUCUGGUGAAAAUGACAUUUCACCGCAGGGCAUGGCUUCUUUCCCUGUGGAGGCUGACAUACCGCUGGUGGAUUUCAGCUCUGUGAUGAAUGCUGUCCAGUCCUCAUUCCUUGAGGAAGAACCUCUUAUGCUGGACCUAGUAGCUGAUAACAAUUUCUUUGACAUCAACACACCAAAUGAUGUCUUCAACAAGCUGCCUACUUCCAUGCGUUCCUUGGCUGACCAGCUGCUGGAUGGGGAUUCUGUAUUGUCAAAACUGAAGGUUGGAUCUCUCAACCAUUCCUACACCCCAGACCAGAAACUUCUGGCUGAGCUGCAGCUGGUGGAUCAUGUUCUGAAAACACUAAAUGGAGACAAAUCUCUGACUAAUGGAAAGACUCCAGACUUAUUCUCUUUUGCUAUCACGGGCCUGAAAUCUGUGAUGGAUGCACAUGGAACUGAUUCUGACCAAGCAAGAGAUGCCCACCGCAUAAUGACAGACUUCAUUGAUUCUUUGACGAAAGACUUCCGUAAGAUCUACAAUGACAAUGUUGUAGUACAGGUGCUUGUAGUGCCAGCUCCAGAGAAAGGCCAGGUCCGCAAAGUGCGAGGAUUGUUGCAGGCUACUUCACCAUCACCAUCAACAACAGAAGUGCCUUUUAUUCCAAGUAGCUUAAACCUGGAAUGGGACUAUGACCAAGACUAUCCUGCCAUGUUCAACAUCAUCCUUUGGAUCAUGGUUGCCUGGAUAAUAAGUGUUUUUGUUAUUGCUUACGGCAUGUGGAAUAUGGAUCCUGGACGUGAUUCCAUCAUCUAUCGUAUGACCAGCCAGCGCUUGAAGAAGGAUUAACCUCACACUGGCAAAGGCUGUUUGCCAUCAAAGUUUGUUUAUUGUGGAGUGAUUGUCUGUGAUAGCUCUUUGUGUGUGUAUGUGAACGUGUGUCUGCUGAAACUGUUUUUCAUUCUUGAGUUUACGCAAAAAUUUUGGAGGGAAGGGUGAUGCGGGGUUAUAGUUUGUUUUGAGGCAAAAGGAAUUUUACUUAAAGUUGAAGUUAAAAUAUUCUGAUAUUUUUUCCUUAUUUUAACAGCCCAUUCCAUUUAGUUUUGUCCAGCACUAAAAGUGGACUUUUUUCAAUGUGUUAGCAGUACAUUGUAGUCAUUCUAUUUUUUUCAUAUUAAAUGUUUGUUUUGUAUUGGGUUUUUUCCAAAACUUUUACUUUUUUUAAAUCAUGUAAACCAUGUGUCUUGAUUGCUACUUGUUUGUGGAGUGCAAAUCCUUGCAUGAAGCUACGGUCAUAUAUAUGGAAUGCAUGGGAUUGUAAUUACCUGAUCCAACAUUCCACAGAUUGAAAUGAAGAAAAGAGGAAGUGAUAUUUGAUUUAUGUAAACAAGAUAUGAGGAACUCUAAUGUAUGGUACAGUUGUCUGCUCGUGCGCACGUGUGUGAAUACACACAUGCUUGCAUAUGUGUGUGUCUGUUGGCAACCUCCUUACUCCUGCUCCCCCACCUCCAUAAGAGAACAUUUUGAUAAAUAGCUUGAUAUUUUAUUCAGAUUUAAUGCUAUAAGUCAUUUCUUAAAUAAUAUUCAUCAAGAACUAAUAUAAAGAGGAUCAGGUGCAAGUUUGUACUAUUUUAUUGCUAAAUGCUUAAUGUGUAGAACUGUGUAAGUCAUAAUAGUUUGUAGUGGUUUUAUGUAUGAAUGUAAAUGCAGGCACAGUUAGUGGUGACAGUAGGAGCUACAUUGUUCUGAUAGAGCAGUGCACAUGUAAUAUGGGGAGAACAAUGCAUGCAUAAAUAAGAUGUGUAUAGCAAGUGCAAGUUAGAAAAAAAAAUAUCUACAGAAGGUGUAAAGACUAUUUGUUAAUAAAAGAUGACAACAUGAUGGUUAAACUUUCCAAACUCUUUAAAAUUUUAUUGAAUGUUUGGUAUUUGGAGUAUAGGUAAAAAAAGAAGUAUCUUACCAAAGAGAUGCAAGUUAUCAUCGUAUCAUGAAGAUGUAAAGUGCUUUGUCCAAAGGGGAUGUCAUGAAAACUAUAAUCUUUUACCUUUAUAGGAGCUACACAAAUUGCUAAAUUAUUUCCUCCUUUUAGUUUUGAGCUUUAAAAGUGGUUAUUGUUGGGGAAAAAAGUUUGAAUCUUUUAUUCACAAAAUUUGUCAAAGUAUUUGCAAAAGUUGAUGGUUUUGAAAGGUAUUUUGUGUGGACAUUUGAUAAAAAAAAUUGCAUAAAAUGAGAGUUUUGAAUGUGUCCUAUUUUUGCUUUGAUAAAAAUCCACAAUUCUGUGUUUUUGAUAAAAAUAAAUUUGAAGAAGAUGCAUAAGGAAGUGGUUAAAUUUAAGGCUGCUGAUUGCACCUAAUUGCAUUUAUUGUUAAUUGUGAUGUUGGUUAUUUUGCACAUUCUUUUGUUGACUGAAAGAUGUAUAACUUUAAUAUUCUCAAUUUUAGCAAAUGUUAGUGUUCCUCAUUCAACACCAGUAAUUUGUUGAUUUGCAGAUUCCAGAUAUUGGAAUUUCCAAAACAGCGUUUGCUAGGAUUUCUAGAUAUUGUGCAACUUUUGAACUCCAUCAUUAGCACUUUGUCUGUGAGCAGAUAUGGAGGUCCUGUUACUUUGUGAGUGAUCCCAGUUGUCAUUGUUGGUUAAUGACAGGAAAAAUAUAUUUUUUUCAUGCUAUUGUAAGAAGAACACUCUAGUUUUUGCUUUAGAUUUUCUCAACAUACAAAACUGACAAAUCCUGGCCUGUUAAUGAGUGACAAUGUCAGAAAGAUGUCUGGGCUCUCAAAAAGAUAACUGAACAAAAGACAAAGUGUUCAUAAGAUCACAGUCUUACCAUGUUUAAUUUAUAAAUUCUGUGUAAAUAUUUUAGGUGUGUGUACAUUCCAGAAAUGUAAUCAUUUUGUAAAAACAAGCAGAACAAACCUAAUAGAGAGGUGGGUUUUAUGAUAGAUUUUUCAAAUAAUUAAUAUUUUGCUCAGCUUCUACCAAAUGAGGGGUCAUUUUGUUUUGUAAAGAAAGAAUGCAGCAAUUUUAACUACAUCAUCAGACAUAUGCUGACAGAAGAAGGGAUUUCUCCUAUCUAUAUGUGGGCAAGAUAUAUUUUGGUGCAUUCUGCUAACAAGUUGUGCAUCAUACUGAGGGUAAGGUUGUACUCAAUGGACUCUUUUUCCAGCAAGAUUGUAAAGGCUCAUACAGACUUGAAGUUCUUAUUUAUCUGCAUAGUGAAAUGAAUGUGUUUCAGAAAAUAUUUUGCUUUUCAAAGGUAGACAACUAAAGGGGGAAAAUACUUUUUUUUUGCCAGCUGUGGGUUAAUGUUUGCUGUGAUCAGUACUUGUUCAUAUUCACCCAUUAAUAGCCUCAAAACAGCUUAAGGCGGAUAAUAACCAUGAAUGCAAGCAAAUCCUUAAUGUGUGACUUUAGGGUCGAGCAUGAAUACAGUGCAUAUUUAGAGUGCCAGAUCAGAUUGAACCCGUGAUACCCCUUGAUCAUUCUCAGCAUUGCAUGUUGGCAAUAACAUGUAAAAAUGGAGUCAAGUAGCUGAUUUAUCCCUUGAAUAUUUUAUCAUUUUUGGUGUUCCUAACUGGAAAUGAAUUCAGAUGUAAGCAGGUAGUUUUGAAUUCUAUGGAGAAUGUGGAUUUGCGAAAUUAAAUGUUUGAGGAAGUUAAAAGUCAACUAGAAUUUAGCUCCUUGUCUGUAGUAGCAUACACAUGACAGUUUAUUUAGUGCAUAUAAAAUAAUAAAGACUGAUCUGUAUGCGCACUCACUUUUUUCUUUGUUUGCUAUAUAUUUUUAUUCUUCUAUUGCUCUGUGCAUAGAAGAUUCCUUCUCAAUGAUGGAUGAUGAUCAUCAUUGGUUCAUUAGUCCUGAUUGGUAACAGGGAAAACUUGAUGCUAUUGCCACCAGUUCUUGUUUUUUCUUUAACGCCAUUAUCUAGGAUACGCUGAAAAGCCAGAUACUAAACAGGAAAGGUCAGUAGAGAGGAAAGUUGUUGUGAUUGAACAUUAUCUUUGACAUGAGGCUUGGUAAAGACAGACUCGGUUGAAUGAACACCCACAAGUCGCAACAGAAACGGUGAGGUAUUAAGCAUACUGUUAUGUUCUGAUACACACGGCGAUGCAUGUACGAUUCAUACUACCAUGUUUUGACAUCAGAAUGGUUUGCUUUUGGUCUGGGAAAGUAAAAUAGUUUUUUUCCAGUUUCGCUCUUUAAUUUCGUGACUUAUUAAUAAAUAUGUAGUGAUUUCA